CCAACCUCUCUUUGUUUGUAGGGCUUCCAUUUCGUCUCUCUCUCUCCCUCUGUGCAUGCUUUCAUCUCUGAUUCUCUCUGUAGAUCACUCACUCACUCCAUGAGGAAACCUUGCUGUGAGAAGGAAGAGACAAACAAAGGAGCAUGGUCUCAGGAAGAAGAUCAGAAACUCAUUGAUUACAUCCAAAGCCACGGCGAAGGUUGCUGGCGUUCCCUUCCUACGGCUGCUGGGUUGCGCCGAUGUGGGAAAAGUUGCCGACUGAGAUGGAUAAAUUAUCUAAGGCCAGACCUUAAGCGCGGCAACUUUGGAGAAGACGAAGAGGAUUUAAUCAUCAGGCUUCAUGCUCUCCUCGGGAACCGGUGGUCGCUGAUAGCGGGAAGGUUGCCGGGAAGGACUGACAACGAGGUAAAGAAUUACUGGAAUUCUCAUAUAAGGAAAAAGUUAAUGAAGAUGGGAAAAUAUCCUACGAAACCCCAUCAGCUGGGAGGCGCUGGGAAGCCAUUUUUAACAAAAAAACAGGCACCUAAGCUACUCAACUUCCACCGCCAUGACAAGGAUAUUGAUCAGGUGUUGGAUUUUAAGAAUGAUUUUCAGAGCAACAAAACCUUUCUGCCAGACUUGAAUCUUGAUCUUACUCUAAGCACUCCUCCUCCUCUUCCUGCAAGUACUGAUCUUGUGGAAGAGAUGCAAAAAAACCCUCAACUGAAACUUCCUGAUCUUGGGGAAGAGGGCUAGUACUAAUACUUAAGAUAUAUAUAUAUAUAGUUAACAGGUGCUUGGCUUCAUGGUUAUAGUAUAUGUCGUACGUACGUAGUUAUAUAUAUAUAUAUAUAUAUCAUCUCUUGGUGCAAAACAAGAGACUAGCUAGAAAUAACAUAUAAUCCAACUUUAUCUCCCAUAUUUUUACAAGGGAGGAGUUAAUUAUCAUGUUAGUGUGUGAUAAUAUCGUUUGAAAAAACUUAUCGCCAGAGAGGGGUUUUUUUUUUUUUUUUUUCUCUGUGUUUAAUUUCUAUGCUGUAAAAUGUAAUGAUGAAUACAUGUAUUUGACUCUAAUAUUUGCUGUAAAGCUAAUUAAAAGUGAAGUUCUAGACUGA